GACACUGCCACAGAGCAACAGGCGGGAACGCAAUUUGUGACUACAGCCACCACCAUCACUACCAUCACUACCACCACCACUACCACCACCACUACCACCACUACCACUACCACCGCCACCACCACCACCAUCACCACCACCACCACCACUACCACCACUACCACCACCACCAUCACCACCACCAUCACCACCAUCACUACCACCACCACUACAGCCACCACCACCACCACUACCACCACCACUACCAUCACUACACCCACCACGAUCACUACCAUCACUACAGCCACCACCACUACCACUACCGCCACCACUACCACCACCGCUACUACCACCACCACCACUACCACCACCACUACCACCACCACUACCAUCACUACACCCACCACGACCACUACUAUCACUACAGCCACCACCACCGCUACCACCACCACCACCGCGAGAACAUUAAAGCGCCGUCUCUUGUACUCCCCACGCAUUGUGAGUGGCGGGGGGGCAUUGCCUCAGCGAGCCGCCCCACGCCAGAGCAAGAGAUUUCACAACCACCGUGGCUUCUUGUACUUGGACUCCCGUACCGGCGGCGCCACCCCUUCUCCACGUCCUCGUCAUCUGCGCCGUUGCCCCCGCUAGGCCCCGCUAGCCCCGCCGCCCUCUACGGCGGAGGGCGGUAGCGGGCGGGAUGUCGCGCCCCGCGAUGCGUGUGGCGCUCUGCGUCUUCGCCGGAGUCGCCAUCAUCGCCUCCUCCGCUGCCGCCACCGCCACCGCCUCCUUCCCCGAUGACGCGACGCCCAUCAACAUCGUUGACGCCAAAUACACGAGCCAGUACCCCGUGUUCCUGGGCCCCAGACCAAAGAACGAGACGCGGCGACACAAGCUCAGCUUCCAGAUGAUGGUGAUUACCAACUCCACCCUCUUCAUCGCCGCCAGGGACCACGUGUACCACGUGGACCUGGACAACGCGCACGGCGAGGAGAUCCCCAGCGAGAAGACGCUGACCUGGAAGUCGAGAGCAACAGACAAGGACAUCUGCACCAUGAAAGGCAAACAGAAGGACGAGUGCCACAACUUCAUCAAGGUGCUUCUCCCGCGCAACGACGGCACCAUCUUCGUGUGUGGCACCAACGCCUUCAACCCCAUGUGCCGCGUCUAUCGGUUGCACGGCGAGCGGCAGGACGCGGCGGACGUAGCGGGCGUGGCGCGCAUGGAGGGCGACGAGAUCAACGGCAUGGCCAAGUGCCCCUACGACUCCAAGCACAGCAACGUGGCGCUCUUCUCCGGAGGCAAGCUCUACUCCGCCACGGUGACGGAUUUCCUCGCGAGCGACGCCGUCAUUUACCGGAGCUUGGGGAGCAGCCCCGCUCUGCGCACCAUCAAGUACGACUCCAAAUGGCUCAAAGAGCCGCAGUUUGUGAACGCCGUGGAGUACGGGAACUACAUCUACUACUUCUUCCGCGAGAUGGCUGUGGAGUACAGCUCCAUGGGCAAGGUGGUCUUCUCGCGAGUGGCGCGCGUCUGCAAGAACGACGUCGGGGGCUCGCAGCGCGUGCUGGAGCGCCACUGGACGUCGUUCCUGAAGGCACGCCUCAACUGCUCGGUGCCGGGCGAGCCGCGCUUCUACUUCAACGUGCUGCGCGCCGUCACGGGGGUCGUGACGGCGCGAGGCAGGGCACUCGCCGUCGGAGUGUUCACCACGCCGCAGAACAGUAUCCCCGGGUCGGCCGUGUGUGCCUUCGACAUGGUGGACGUGGAGGGAGUGUUCGACGGACGCUUCAAGGAGCAGCGGCAGCCCGACGGAGGCUGGACCACCGUGCCCGAAGACAAGGUGCCCAGACCCAGGCCUGGCUGCUGUGCGGGCACUGGCAGUGCGCGUGACGUGCGCAGUUCCGUGGAGCUGCCGGACGAGACGCUGGCGUUCAUCAAGACGCACCCGCUGGUGGAGGACAGCGUGCCAGCCCUGCUGCACCGGCCCGGCUUCACCAAGACCAUGGUCCGGUACCGCCUCACCAAGAUCGAGGUGGACACGGAGGCGGGUCCCCACGGCAAUCACACGGUGAUCUUCCUGGGCUCGGAGGACGGCGUGCUGCUCAAGGUGCUCUCCCAGGAGGGGGGAGCCUGGGCCGGCGGGGGCGGCGGGGGGGGGCCGACCGGGGGGGGGGCUCCGGUGGAGGGGGCUGCGCCCUCGGGCCUCCUGCUGGAGGAGAUCCACGCCUACAACCCGCACAGGUGUAACGUGGACGGCGUGGAGGACCGGCGCAUCGUGGGCCUGCAGCUGGACCGUGCGCACCACGCACUCUUCGUCGCCUUCCCGUCGUGCAUCGUCAAGGUGGCGCUCAGCCGGUGCGAGCGCCACGCACGGUGCAAGCGAACCUGCAUUGCGUCACGUGACCCGUACUGCGGCUGGGCUCGCGAGGGGUCGUGCGCCCGCAUCACCGCCCCCACCAGCGUUCCGUACGAACAGGACAUCGAACACGGCAACUCCAAGGGGCUCGAGUACUGCCAAGCCGAAGGCUUCGUGGCAAUAAAUGACUCUGCCCAGCAGCAGCCGCCCCCCACGCCGAGGGCCGGGGGGUCUGGGGGGGCCGGGGGGGCCGCGCCCGCCACGGCCGCCCCCCCCCGCAUCACCGCGGGGCACGUGCCGGCCGUGUCGGCAGAGAGGCAACACCCGCCGGGCGCCAAGGAGGGCUUCGUGAGUGGCAACCACCUAGGCUCCCUCUUCUCGGACAAGUCGGUGGACGUGACGAUCCUGGCGCUCUGCGUCGUGGUGGCCUUCGUGCUGGGCGCGGCGCUGUCGGGCGUCACCGUCUACUGCCUCUGCGGUGAAGGCGGCGCCGUCUGCGCCUCCUCCUCCUCCUCGUCGUCGCCCUCCUCCUCCUCCUCGUCCCCGCACUUCCUCUCCCUCCGCUGCAAGAAGGCCGCCGCGGCCAAGAAGCUCCGAGCGGCCGGCGGCGGCGGCGACGGCGGCGGCGGCGGCGGCGGAGACCUGGGCUCGUCGUACGGCAUGGAGACCCACGCCACGCUGGCGCGCCUCAACAGCUACAGCCCCGGGCUGGAGCCGUGCGGCAAACACGACGGCGGCGGCGGUGGCGGCGGCAUCGUGCCGCUGGCCGGGCCUCCGACGCCGCCGCUGUCCCACGCGACCGCCAUCGCGAUGGCGACCGAGAUGAUGCUGAUGAUGCCCAACGGGGGCCUGGGCUCGGCGGGCGGCGUCGGCGGGCUCGGCGGCGCCGAGCAGAUCCAGACGGAGCUGGCGGCCGGGCUGCCGACGCCGGACGCGACGCCGGUGCUGCCGCUCAAGAACUGCUGCAACCAGGCCCGGCGCGACUGCUGGGAGCAGGAGCGGAACCUGAAGAACGCGGCCGGCAAGAACGCCGCCGCCGCCGCGCUGCUCGGCCAGCACCAGCAGCAGCAGCACCACAACAGCGGUCACCACCACCCUCACCACGCUCACCACGCUCACCACGAUCACCACGGAGGUCACCACGGCCACCACCACAACAACCACGGGCAUCACCACCACCACCAACAUAACGACCAGCAGCAGCUACAGCUACAGCUGCAGCAGCAGCAGCAGCGCCACCCGCAGCAACCGUCCAUAGCGGAGAUGGCGUACGUGCAGGGCCUGCCCAUGAGCCCGGCGUCGGGCGUGCCCCACAUCCUGUCGGAGCAAGGCCCGCACCACCUCAGCAGCUACAGUCACACCAACAGCAGCGGGCACCAGCGCGAGCCCAGGGGACAUGGAGGCGGAGGCGGCGCCAUGGACAAGCUGGAUGAGGUGCUGGCCUUCUUCGAAGAGCAGUCGCUGCUGCUCAAGGUGGGCGCCAGCGGCCGCGACGCCCGCCUGCCCACGUCCUGCUCCUCCUCGUCCUCCACUUCGUCCUCCACGUCGUCGUCUUCGGCCGCGGUGACGUCGGCGCCGGCGCGCAACAGCCUGCCGGCGCCGCCGGGCGUGAAGGCGCCGCUCGAGCCGCAGCCUCCGCCGUCCGCCGCCGCCGCCAGCGCCGACAAGAAGAAGCCGCGCGCCGGCGUCCAUCACGGCGCCGGCUCGCUGCAGCGUGGCCUGGCCGCCCCCUCCGCCUGCCGCAACCCCAAGGCGCAGGCGGCGCAAGCGGCGCAAGCGGCGCAGCCGCCGCCGUCGGACCUCGCCAGGGGCCGGGAGUCUCCCGACGACGACGCCGCCCCCCCGACCCCGCCGGCGCGGGUCGACUCGGUGCAACCGGGCACGGCGCCGUCGCCGGCAUCGUCGUCGGCGCCGUCGGCGCACGCCGGGUUCGCGCUGCCGCAGGCGCGCUGCUUCGGCGCCACCGCCACCGCGCCCCAGCCCCAGCACAGCCUCCUGGCGCGCCAGUCGAGCUUCUCCGGCGGCGGCGGCUGCGGCGGCGCGCUGCCGCCGGUCGGCCUGAUGCCGCGCACCAACGCGGGCGUGAAGCGCUCCCACUCGGUGAAGCCGGACGUGCCGCCCAAGCCCGGGGCAGCGGCGAAGGCGGCACCCUGCGUCUGAGAGUGCCGGCGCGCGGCGGUGAGGGUGGUGGUGAUGUACCCCCGGGGAUUUGUCUCGACGGGAGGACGAUGGCGCGGCCUGCGUUAGGAUCGGCGGGGGUGGUGGGGGAGGGAUGGUGGACGCUGGGACCGAGGUGGUUGGCACCUACGAGAAUGGUUUGGCGGCCGUGCCACCGGCGCCGCCGCUGACGCCGGUGGGGGUGGCGAUGGUGGUGGCGACUGCCGGUCGCCAGGACUUAGUCACGAGCUGCCCGUUGGCUCGACUUCCCCGACGCUCGAUCGAGCGUGGAGACGCGUCGAGCCGUUAGCGAGAGACUGAAGGAGGCCGUCGUGCUCCCCACUGCCCCCCCUGCUCCCCCACCCCUGUUGUUCCCCCCCUCCCGCCCCAGUACUUUGGACGUGAGUCCUUUGAGAUAAUACCGCCGUUGUAAAACGCUACUCCCGCCGCACGUUCGCAAAGUGAAAUUCAUUCGUUGGUGGUUUUUCUUUUCAAGACCGUGGCUCUACCAGCGGUCAUCUGUAAGUGAAGUGAGAACAAAAAGAGCUUCGGAGCUCAUCGGAUUUUUCCCGGACAAGUAAAGAUUCUGACUCUGGGCCUGGUCCGCUGGAAACUCAUCCAAGGGCGUGGCUUCCGACGCCACCACCGCCGCCUUCCCUGGCGAUCAGCCACUGGGCAUGGAGCGUGACGAUCAGCCCACCUGACGAUCAGCUGAUCUCUCAGCUGGACGAUCAGCUGAUCUCCAACCUGUACGAUCAGCUGAUCUCCAAGCUGGAUAAUCAGCUGAUCUCUCAGCUGGACAAUCAGCCGGUCUCUCAGCUGGACGAUCAGCAGAUCUCCCAGCUGGAUGAUAAGCUGAUCUCUAAGCUGGACGAUCAGCUGAUCUCCCUGCUGGACGAUCAGCUGGUCUCCCAGCUGGACGAUCAGCCAAUCUCUCAGCUGGACGAUCAGCCAGUCUCUCAGCUGGACGAUCAGCUGAUCUCUCAGCUGGAUGAUCAGCUGAUCUCUCAGCUGUACGAUCAGCUGAUUUCCAAGAUGGACGAUCAGCUGAUCUCCAAGCUGGACGAUCAGCUGAUCUCCAAGCUGGACGAUCAGCUGAUCUCCAAGCUGGACCAUCAGUUGAUCUCCCAGCUGGACGGGCCACCAUUCAGCUGACUCGGCAGGCCGACGAGAUCUCACUCCACAUUCCCGUUGGGGCUGUCUACGGUCCGGAGCCACGUGCUGUCGGGAUCCGAGUCCAUCCUCCGGCAUUGCGUGUUCCCACCCCCUCUCUUGCCAGUGAACACAACCCCCCAGGCCUGCCCCCCCCUCCCCACUUUCAAUGUAACAGAAGCAGCGCGACAAUGCAUGGCUUCCGACUCGAUUGGAAUCACCUACAACAGCGGUCAUUGACGCCCCCCCCCCCACUCGCCCCCCCCCCUCCUAAAACAGAGAGCCGUGGGAAUCUUGGAGCCUUUCAUGGGUAAAACCAUCGUCGCAGCAGUAAUAGUCAUAAUCAUCAUAAACAAUCAAAUUCUUCUACACGGCAGAGGCGGUGGCGCUCGCGUAACGAGACCUCAACCAGUGUUGUUCUUUCUCAUUGAUUCAUCUUCAAAUUACCACCCGUCACAGCCAACCAAUCAAUGGGCGGGGGGAGCCUGCCUGCGGUCAUCGCCACAUAUCGUGGGUGACGAGCGGAAUGGUGGUGGUGGUGGCGGCGGCGGCGACGGUGAUGAAGAUGAUGGAGAUGAUGAAGAUGAGGUGGUGGGUGGGUCGGUGGCGAGGAGGCGCAGCCGAGGGGAGGCGGUGGUGGCACCACGUGGAGACGUUCCCGCACCAGUCGGCCAUCGGGAGCUUGUACCAAACCCCGCCAGGCCAGCGGCCACUCAAAAAGUACGAAUCGGUGUCGCGGGAGAAGGCCUCGCGGUUAAUGGCCCCCGCCGCUUGCCCCGUCUCAGCUCACUCGCUCGGACGGACGGACGGUCGGAUGGUUGGUCGGUGGUCGGUCGGACAAACGAGGGUGAGGUCCGUGGGAUUGAGAAUGCGAGGGGGAAAUGCGCGAUGCGUGGAAGGCUGUACGUCCCAUUGUGACGGCGAUCACCAUCGCCGUUUGUGUUCCACUUACAGCAGAACAAUGCAGCCAGACAGACCCUCUCCGAGCGAGCGAGCGAGAGAGAGUUGGAGUACCGUGCGGAUGACAACCGUGAGAUUUCCAAGGAUGGAAAAAAGUAUGGAUUUAUUUAUUUUUUUGGUCUGUGUGGGACAAAAAAUAUUUCCUGACUUCCCACUCCUACAAGCAAUCCCCCCACCACUCACCCCUGCCACCAGCGCCACCACCACCACUCACCCCAACAACAGAACACAACUUCACAGCAGAAGGCAUCUCAAGUGCGACUGUGGGAGCGCAAGAGCGAGCUGGGAAAUUGGCGUGUGAGACGUCGCAAGAUUUUUUGCGUUGUGUUUUAUUCUCCUCCCCCCGUAGGCCCCAAGCAAUAAAUACGAGAGUCACUGGGUUUCCAAUUAUAGGGAGAAUGUUACAUUAUGUUUUUUUUAUUUUCACGACAACUUCCGAUAGUCUUUCUGACGCUGCGAUGGCUCGCGUCAAAAUGCAACGCGUGUCCUCGAGCGAGCGACAUCGACGACGGCCCGGUGCCACGUGGCCUCCACCUUUGGUGGGAAGGCAAACGGGGCAGUGACGUCACUUCCUGUGACGUCACACUUUCGGAAACAAUCCGAAACGAACUAAAUUCGGGCUGCCCGCCCCCCCCCAAAAUAUCGUCCAGAUUUUAUUUUGUAUCGAUCUCAACUUUGGGAACCGCAUCCCUCGUGGAAAGUAUUCUCUUAAGAAUGUGGUAAAACAACAACAACAACUAAAAUUAGACCAAUUAUGUUUUCACUCCACGUAAUUAAUUGGUGCGAUGAACAGACGCGAUUCCUAAUAACCGCCCACUGGUCGGAAAGGAUUAUUCUUUUGGUAUGGAUUAAUAGCAGAAGAUUAAAGAUGUAACUUUAGAUGUUGUUAUCCUACUCAAUUGUCUCUUCAGACGCAGGGUGGGCCUCGUGCGUUCCUCCUUCAAAGGCGUGAAGACAGCGGGUCAGAUGUCACGACAGUUUAAGUGGCCGCCACAAAUGUGUGUGGUCGUCUUAUUGGCAUUCCAGACCGGGCUUGUUCAACAAUUGCUGCUGAAUUCCCAGAUGUUGUUGACACUGGGCUAAAAUUGGUCACGGGUUACAUUAUUCAACAACAACAGCAACAAAUAAUCAUAAUCCACGGCAUCCGUAACACUUUCAUCCUUAAGCAAACACAAUUUUGGACGUGUAAAUAGUUUGUUUGUUCUCGUGUCGGGCGGCAAUAAUUUUUUUUUUAAUGGUAAUGACAUCGUUUUUUAUAUUCUAUUCGUCAGAUCAAAUUUACAAUCGCGUUCAUUUUAUAUAUAUAUACACACACGCGUUCAAACAGCACUUAAUUGAGCGUGCAAAAAAGGGGGGGAAAUUGGAAACCCAGUGAGAGAUAAAUUAUUAUUAUUUUUCACGGAACAGUUGGAGGGGUGGGGGUGGGAGAUCGGUGCCCUUGGGGGAAAGAGGAUGAGAUGAUACCGCAGAGAGCGGGGGCGGUAACCCAUUCUGUUUCGCUUCUCCAGCGUCACAUCGGGUCCGCGAGACCACAACGUAUGGGCAGCAGAGGUCGCAAACCGGUUUUGAUUCCUUACCCGUACCCGGCCGCACCAGGGUCGCAAACGGGUACCUGUAUCCGUACCCGGCCGUACCCGUACCCUACCCGUACCCGGCCGGGUACGGGUAGGGUACGGGUACCGGGUACCCGAUUGCGACCUCUGGGAUGAAGCCAUGUUGCAGGCGCGGGUGGGUUGAUUCUAGGAACUUGAAUUGUGAGAAGAGACAAGACGUUGGGAAAUGAGUGACAAACAGUUACUCACCAGUGACUCACGGCCUACCCGUACCCGUACCCUACCCGAAAUGAGUGACAAACAGUUACUCACCAGUGACUCACGGCCUACCCUUACCCGGCCGCACCAGGGUCGCAAACGGGUACCCGUACCCGGCCGGUUGCGACCUCUGAUGGGCAGAUAGAUAGAGAGAGGGGGGGAGGGCACACGCGGUGGCACGGCUCGGUUUGUGCAGUGGAAAACAAAAUAACGACCCCGCACGGCUCGGCUCGUGGCGGUCGGGGGAACAAAAGUCAUAAAAGAAAACGACGACCAAAAAAAAAUCGGUUUGAGUGUCGACCACAAGCCGCGUGUUGUCGACGGGUCGACGCGGAGCGAACGUGGAGCGGUCCGGGGCAUCCUCCUCCUCCUCCUCGAGGAAGUCUACCGGAGUUCUUGUGGAACUCAUUCAUCUACACAUUGUUAUUCUUCUUGCCGUGCUUUAGUUGUCACCCCCCCCCCCACCACCCCGCGCCGCCGCUCCGGUUCAGCACGGCUGGCUACGUACGGUGUAAAACAAGUUCGACAUUCAUGUGUAUGCACCCUACUAUACACUACACUAUACACUACACUGCUAUACACUAUACUACUAUACACUGCACUAUACACUACACUAUACACUGCACUAUACACUACACUACAGCUAUACACUACACUAUACACUACACUAUAGACUACACACUACUACACACCACUCUACACUACUACUGUACACUACACACUACUACUAUACACUACACACUACACUAUACACUAUACUGCUAUACACUACACUAUACACUCCACUAUUAUGCACUACACUAUACACUACACUACUAUACACUACACUAUACACUACACUACAAUACACUACACUAUACACUACGACUAUACACUACUACUAUACACUACACUAUACACUACUACUAUACACUACACUACACUCUACACUGCACUAUACACUACACUACUACACACUACACUAUACACUACACUACACACUACACCGCUCUACACUGCACUAUACACUACACUACUACUAUAAACUACACUAUACACUACUACUAUACACUAAACAAUGCUACACACUACAGAACUAUACACUACUACUAUACACUACUAAUACACACUAAACUAUUACUAUACACCGCACAAUACUACACACUCCACUAUGAUACACUACUACUAUACGCAACACCAAUAGACUACAUUGAGGACUAAUUGUCCCCGCUACGUACGGUGCGAAAAAAAGUUCACACACAGACAGACAUACAUACAAGCCGGAGAGAAUAUUUACCCCCCCCGUCUAACUCAGGCAGAGAGAAGGAAGCGAAGGCCGUUACCCCAACGUUACCCCUAUGUUAGCCCGAGUACACGUCAGCAAUACCCCCCCCCCCCCCCACCGGCGUUCCUCUGGUGGUGGUGGUGGUGGUGGGGGAGGUCAAAGGGAAAGAAUCGAACACACAAAGGAGAAAUGGCCAAUUCCUCACGUGCCCCCCCCCCUCCCCUCUCUCUCUCUUCUUCACUCAAAGUCAGCGGCUUGUCGGAGGGGCGGAGAAGCCCGGCCGACUAAAAAGAAAAAGCGCUUCAUAGCUCAUCGGAUUCAUCCAGUAGAAAUGAAUAUUGAGAAAGAGAGGAGGCCACCUACUCAGCCACCCACUCAGCCACCUACUCAGCCACCCACCCUCCCACCCCUCGUUCCUACCAGCGACAAAAGCUGGGCCCCAGAACGCUGCCGAGUUUCUCUGUUUUUGUGUGUGUGUCCGUGGGAAGGGAGAGAGAGAGCGAGAGUUAGUGCAUGGAAUUUUAAGAUGCGGUUUGUUGUGUGGUGUGAUGUGUGGUGUGUGUGGUGUUCGUGUAGUGUGUUCUGGUGUGUGUGAUUUGUGUGAUGUGUGGUGUUCGUGUAGUGUGUGUGGUUUGUGUGGUGUGUGUGAUGUGUGGUGUGGUGUUCGUGUAGUGUGUUGUGGUGUGUGUGGUGUGUGUGGUGUUCGUGUGGGGUGUUCUGGUGUGUCCGUGUGUGGUGCGUUUUGUUUCAGGCCCUAUUAUACAACUACGAGCCUAAGCAACUGUAAUUACAAAUUUAGUUAUGUAGCGUUCUCUCUCUCCCCCCCCCCCCCCCCACUCCAAAC